GGCCAUCCCAUGAUCGUCAAAGCCCUGGUCCAGGACGGCCGCUUCGACGUCAACCAUGAGAACGGCAAUCCGAUCUGCCUCGCUGCACGGUACGGCCGCCUCGACACCCUCCGCAUCCUCGUCGGCUACGGCGCCGAUAUCCAUGCCCAAGAUGACUAUCCGCUGAAGAUGGCGGCUUGGUACGGCCACUUUGCCGUCGUCUCGUUCCUGCUGCAGAAGGGCGCCAACGUCCAUGCCGGGCGCGACCACUCCCUGGCCAUGGCGAGCUGCAACGGGCACAUUGAUAUUGUCCGGCUCCUGCUCAAGCACGGCGCCGAUGCCCAUGCAGACCGGAGCUUUGCCUUGCGCCUGGCCGUCUCGACAUUUCACUUUGACAUUGCAAAGAUCUUGCUCGAGGCCGGAGCCGACGCCCAC